CUAGGAACUUUUGGUCUAUUUUUAGGGCAAUUAAGUGUUUGGAUUCAGGGGAAGACAUGACAUAAUACCAACGUGAGAAUGCAGUGCCACGCAUUGCAGAUCAUAAAUCAGUGUUGCCACUCGCUGAGUUAUUCAAGCGGGAAAUUGCAAACAAGCCCGAACAAACACACCCACAAUUAUUAACCUCAAAUAAUCGAAUAUUCAUGCAAGUAAAAUUCCGGUUGGCCACACUGUCAAUAACAGGAAAUUUACUAAAUUGUGACGAGAGGAUAAUUGUUUCAUUAUAUUGGCAACAAUGUGAAGUUUGAUUGAAGCGAAAGACAUUGUUCAUUAAUGGAAUCAUAAAUAAAAGUUUAUUUUGUCACAGGAACACUUCCAUACACCCAGUGGAGGGAAAAUGGAACAUACCGGUAAGAAAGCAAACUGUAAAAUUUUAGAAAAAUCACCGAAUUUUUCAGGUUAUCUCGGAAAUUCUCGCGUGGUUCUCAACCAUUACGAUGUCUCAACUCAGGCCGACAUCCAGCAUGUGGCCCUCACGUACGAGUCCGAGGACGAGAUCAUGGGUCGGCCCCAUCGUUCGCGUCGCAAUACCGCCCAUUACAGCAAACAGGACAUCCGCGAGCAGUAUUGCAUCUCUGAUCGGGGCUUGGGGGCCCUCGAAUCCGACCGUCAGAGUCUCUUUGGUUGUCUUUCGUCGCACCAAAGCUCCCCUUGCUCAAACCGCGCCUCUUUCCUCACCGCCUGUGUUCGUCAGAAAGUACCAUCCGAUGAGAACCUCUACGACUUGUAUCGAAGACAUCCGGCCGACUUCGCCCCCUAUCCGAGACGCAGCAGGUACCCGUGGGGGCCCCUAGCACCGGAAAUAUACCGAUACGACGAGGAUUUAAAGAGUUCGUAUUUCCGCCGGAAGGUCCACAUGGACCCCAGUAGGUACACAUGGAUGCCCUCAGAUGACGAGUCGGUGAGGAUGGAGAAACCCAAGAGUAUCCUCGAGCCGUACCACAGCAACCCCCCUGCUGCAUCUCCCCCAGCACCCAGCAAAAAACACGUAAGUUUCGCCCGCUCGCAUACCAUGGCCUCAUUCGAUGACGCCAUGGCCUCAUUGAGUUCCUCCUCAAGUCACUUAAACCGCAUGACUCGGAGUCAAGAACGCCUCCUCGACGUGAGAAAAGCGGAAGGACUUCCCAUAACACGCCAACCGGAACCCUCCGACAAUUUAUUAAUUAUUGAUAAAGUGAAGCGAGCCCCCAUGAAGACUCAAGCCACUCAAACUGAGGCUUGUCUCGGACGUAAACCCUUCCCGCCCGGUGGUAACAUCAACCUCAGCCCCCGUACUAUUCACAGGGUGAAAAUGGUAAGUCAAGGCGCCCAAACCAACGGUUUCCUCAUCAACGGUCGCAAACUCAUCAAAUCCUUCUCCGAGGCCGGCACUAAAUUCAAAAGUGAAUUCCCCCCAUUUGAACCAAUCGCCGAUCACGAGCCCCUCCAACGCACCCAAUCGGAUGAACCCCCCCGAUCCCCCUUCAUCGUAACGUCUCCUCCACAUCUCCUCCCGAGCGACUCCUCCUCCUUGUCACAAUCGGAAGAUUCCGAAUCGAAAAAAGAGAUUUUUAUCGAUUUUAAGCCGCAAGUACCGACGAACAAAGUGGGCAAAAGGCCCCUCACCAAGACCGUCUCCGAUGGGGAGAUGCUACUCGAGCAGAGGAAGACGUUGAAAAUUGACACUCCGGUGGUGAACGACAAGCAAAUGGUGUCAUACAGUCACGAAAAUAUCGUCCUGAGGGAGGAGGAGAGGAGUUUCAUUCCUUAUUUCCAAAAAGCCCCCAUUAGACAUGAGGGGAUUUGUCGACCAUUGGAGGAUAAUGUCUACUCCUCCCUGUCAUUCGAGGAUAACAAUCUCCAUACUCAAGACUCGAUCGAUGAGGAGUUCCACGAGAACCUCAUCUACAAUAGGAUGUAUAUGGAGUACUCGCCGAGUGAUGAGUGUGUGGUACCAUCAGUGUGUCUUUUACCCGACCGAAAACUCUCUCCAUUUGCCUCCAAUGACUCACUCACAAAUGACAUCAGGGACCACUCUGAUGGUAUCUGGAACGAAUCCCAAGCAACUGUUCUUCAAGUCGAUUCAGGUACUGAUAAUGGUACCGCUUUGAGUAGCUCCGAAAUGACAACAUCAGUGACAUCCCCCGGUUCCGCCAUCUUGCUAACGCCAUCUUCCCGUCGCAAACACCUCCUCAUGAUGCAACACCAACAGAGAUCAUCCAUGGACACCGAAGCCUUGGAGGAGGAGGGAGGGGCCACCUCCCCUCGGAUUAUAAUCGAAAAACCGAAACAGUACUUGACUCCUGGCGUUGCCAUCGUCCCCGAUUUGCUCGACUCCUGCAGAACCAACACCGACGUCUCCGAGAGUACCACCACCGAUGAUUACAUCACUGCCAACUCGGGAACGGACAGCUCCCGUGGCUACAACCUGCAAGCCCACCUCCAGGAGAGCUCCUUCGAGGAUAUGGUGGUACCGUCGUUUUCGCCCCCAUUGGAACCCUCUCAUAGUUUAUCGACCACUCCCGUGCCUGAGGUGCGUACCGGCCGCUCAACUCCGUCCGAGUCGAGUUCUUCGUAUGGAAGCUACAGCGUUGAUGGUUCCUGUGCUGAUCUUCUCGAACGCAGCAGUACCAAAGUGCCUUCAAAGGAGGAAACACAAAGACAAAGGCCGUUCACUCUUGAUAUCAAACACCAAACACUCAAAGCUUCGAAACGGGUCAAGUCAAGGACGCGAAGUCCACAUUACCCCAAGAAGGGGUAUGAGAACAAGGCGACUAGUGACGAAUCCAGUUGCGAUCUUGGGAAACACUCGACCAAUCAAACAUCGCCACGAAAAGGAAAGAAAGUGAAGGAUAACAAUAGGAGGAAGUCGUUACCGAGAUCACCGACACAGAAGUCCAAAAAAAGUGUUGAUUUGCAACCGUCUAGCUUACCAGGGAGUCUCUCGCGUCGGAAGUCCAAAAAGAGCACACUCACUUUGCACCACAGUCCUGACAAACUCAAAGCACUUAGUGCCGAAUCCUUGCGUUCGGUGAGUCCUGGGAGUGACAGCGUCUUCUACAGCGACCCCAGUAGUCACACCGCCGACCACCAGGUCCAUUGUCUCCACUGUGGCAAAGAGGUGGAUAUUGUGACCACCGAUGACCCGGAUAAGAGUCUCAGUAGUAACGGACAAGACAUUGUGCAACCCCCGGCCGGUUUCGAGGACUCCCCACGUGCCAAACACCCCCCAGGUCGUCUCUACAAGAAACUCGACCGGAGAUUUCGCUCCGAAGACCGCCAAGCCGACUAUCGCCGACACAGAUACAAGCCCGAUGUGAGGGCUAAAUCGGAGGAACGCGGGGCGAAGACCUACAGGGCGAAAUUGCGCCCCAUGGCCAAGUCCACGGAUAAUAGCCAGGAGGUGCUCAAAGCCACCGAUUCGAGUCCUAGUGUGCUGCCUGGGGCCCCGGAGGAUGAGGACGAUCAAGGAGUUUAUGACGUGCCUUACAUGGAGGGAAGUUGGAUUUAUGUGGAUGAGAGGGAGGAGGUGCAAAGGAGUAAGGGGAUUACCCCCACGGAACAGGAGCCACCAAGGAGGGACUCCGUCUCGAGUACGGAGUCUGAACAAGAGUUCAGGAAGAGAUAUCAAGCUGUCACACAUCGAAUGGUGCAUCGAAAAUCAUGCCUCGAGAUGUACAAGAGGCAAACGUCGAGGUCGUUUGUUAUUCUCACCAUGGCCUUAGGAACAUCACAGCCACCUGAUGACGGCCAAUUGCGUACCAAACUCGAAGAAAUCCUGAAAUUAAUGUUGGUUAUUUGGUGUCGGGAGAACCAAGCCUUGAACCUCGUCGCGAACCAAAAAAAUGAAUGCGACAAGACCGUGGUGGUCCACCGCGAAUCCGGUGAGUUCGGAUUCCGGAUCCACGGCUCAAAACCGGUUGUUGUAUCCGCCAUCGAACCCGGAACUCCGGCCGAAACUUCCGGUCUCGAAGUCGGCGACAUCGUAUUAGCCGUGAACGGUGUUAGCGUCCUAGAUAAGAGUCACUCAGAAGUGGUGAAAAUCGCACAUGCGGGGAGUGACACCCUCUCCUUGGAGGUAGCUCGGACAUGCUACGCCCUCAAUAGCCCCCAUGACGAGCAUUCCACAGCCCUCUACAGCGGCUAUUUAUGGAAAUUGAGCGGUUACGCGUCGGGUAACCUAUCAAACAAGUGGAUUCGACGUUGGUUCUGCCUCAAACAAAACAAUUGCCUUUAUUACUACAAGACUGAUUCGGAGAAACAGCCAGUGGGCGUGGUGGUGUUGUUCGAACACGAGAUACGCAAACAGAGCGAUGAUGAAGAGGGCGUGUCCAAAAACCACCGAUUUGUUAUCUACAAACCGGAGGCGGUGCCAUUACACCUCGCUGCUGAUAAUAGCACCGCCCUUAACCGAUGGUACGAUGUGAUCAAUCGGGCGAUUAAUGACAGUCAAACAGUUGAUGAGUUUGUGGAAAAAACAAAAAAUAAUCUAACUUUGGCGCCAAAUUCAAUUUCGAAUCCGGAUUGUUUCGGGUAUUUGGUCAAGUUGGGGACCCAAUGGAAGUCCUGGAGUAAACGCUAUUGUGUCCUCAAGGACGCCUGUUUGUACUUCUACCAAGAUGCAGGGUCCAAGUGUGCGUUCGGAGUUGCAUAUUUGCAAGGUUAUAGAGUCCAACAGUCGAUUACGGGGAACAAAAAACACGCAUUCGAGAUAAUCCCACCCGACCCGAGCAAAAAACACUUCUAUUUCCACACCGAAUCGGAAGCUGACCGAAAACGAUGGAUCGCCGCACUUGAAUACUCGAUCGACCGAUGGCUGAAAAUACAAUAACUUGAUGUCUAUAUCACCUGUAGAUGCAUGUUUAACCUUAUAAUUUCGAAGAAAUCGUUUUGCUCAAUUGUUUCCUUGUAUUAUUAUUUAUAAUAAAACUUUGGUACUAUACUUAA